AAAUAAAAAUAAAAAGGAUAGAAACAGUGAAAACCCAAUUCUUCUGGGGACGGGCUGCGCAAGCUCCAUCCAUCUUCUCACUCGAGCUUCUGAAAAUCUAAAACUCAAAACCUCUGCUGCUCGUCGUGGUGACAAUGGCGACUAACAGCAAUAACGGAGACAUCCUAAUGCUCGAAGCUCCACCACAGCCAUCUCAACCAACUUGGCAUGUUGCUGCAGAUGCGGAGGUAAUCGACGCCUUGCCCUACAUCGACGACGACUAUGCCGAUCCAAGGGUCAAAGCAGAGGUCGACCGCUUAGUGGAGGAAGAGAUGCGGCGUAGCUUCAAGAGACCCGCCGACUUUCUCAAAGACUUGCCUCCUGUUCCCAAGGUCAAAUUCGAGGAUCACCCACUGCUUGCUAGAGAGUAUGAACGUGUAAGAGCUGGGAGGCCUCCAGUGCCUCUCGAUGUUGCAAGAUAUAAAUUAGAGACACCGCCUCCAAAUAAAAAGAACGACGAAACUGCUUGGAAGCAGACACUUCAGAGAGCUCAAUGCUUACUACGUCAUCAAGUGCUGAGGCUGGAAAAUUUGGAACUGAUGUCAAAAUAUGGCCCUGAUAUCUGGAAGCAACACAACAAACAGUUGGAAGCACUUUUAUCGAGAAUGCAAAAGUUAGCUCAAGAACAGAAUGAGAAGAUUGAAAAGGUGAACCGUGAAAGGAAAUUUCAUCAACAAAACGCUGCAUAUGAGCUUCAUGCUUUGUCCACGCAAUGGAAGGAUCUUUGCCACAAAAAUAUGGAAAUCCAAGUGGCAUGCUCUCAAAUCGAGGGUCAAAUCCAGGAACUAAGGAGAGAGGCAGCAGAAAAUGGCUGGAAUUUGGAAGCCAAUAUAGAGAAUGGUUCUGUUUCUCUUCCAGUGUCAUAAGAACUAAAGACUGCCAAUGACCUUUGUCAACGAUAUCAUGCCUACAUGGAAGAUGAGUUAGUUUUCUGCUUAUAUGGGAGAGGUUGGUUGGUCUAUUUCGCCUCCAAAAUGUCUUCAGUCAGUUUUAAAUUUUACAUUGAAUUGAUUGUAUUUGCACCUUCAAUCAAGCAAUUCGAAAUACAGCUAAUUCUGAUAACCACGUUAUUGGGUACUCUCUGAUUUAUAUAUAAAAUGCUGUGUGUACAUUGUUGAA